CACGCCCCUUUCCUCCAUGCCUAGUCUCAGCUCAGUGUUCGCUGCAUGGAACCGACCCCAUUGCUGAGCCAAUUUCCCCUGGGACUCCCCCCGCUAACCUUUCUUUCUGGUGCUCCGCGGUGAAGACUUCAAUGAGCCCCCAGCACAGACCACUGUAACAACCGAGGGAAAAAAGGGGGGGACACUCACUCUGCGUUACCCCUCCUUGACUGCAAGAAAAUGAACACAAGACUGUGCCUGCUGGUUACUGUUGCUGUCCUGGCUGCAGAUUUGGUACAAGGGGGAGUGAAGAAGACAUAUCAGGGGCCAUGUGCAGGACGAGAUUGCAGCGGGGGCUGCAAAUGCUUUCCAGAGAAAGGCGCUCGGGGUAGACCAGGGCCACUUGGACCACAGGGGCCAAUGGGGCCACCAGGUUUUCCUGGGCCAGAAGGAGUUCUAGGACCAAAAGGCGAACGAGGAUUUCAAGGGAGUCCAGGAGGAGCUGGAUUUAAGGGAGAACAGGGACCUAUGGGUGUUCCCGGAUUUUUAGGUGCUAAUGGAGUUCCAGGUCAUCCUGGCCAGCCUGGUCAUAGAGGUUUGCCUGGGCUAGAUGGCUGUAAUGGUACUUUUGGAGAUGAAGGUUACCCAGGUUCAAAUGGCUAUCCUGGAGAUCCUGGAACACAGGGUCCAUCUGGCCCAAAAGGUCAAAAAGGUGAACCAUCCUAUUCCCGGGGUGGUAUAAAAGGACCGAAGGGAGACGGUGGAUUACCUGGACUGAAUGGACUCCCUGGUUCAACUGGAUCUGCGGGUCCUCAAGGCCCCUCCGGACCAAAUGGUUUACCUGGUUUUCAAGGUCCACGUGGUCCCCCGGGCGAUGCAGGACCUAAAGGAAACAUGGGGACUGGUGUCCAAGGAGAAAAAGGAGAUAAGGGAGAUGCAGGACCUGAAGGGCCAGCUGGACCAGGACCUGAACAACCAGCUGUUGGAGUACCAUCAACCGAUCUCUACAAUAAAGGAAUUAAAGGAGAGGAAGGUGAUCCAGGACCAUAUGGAAAUCCAGGUUCACCUGGCUCUCCGGGAUAUGCAGGCAGAGGAGAAAAGGGGGAGAAAGGCAUUCUUGGACUUCCAGGCGGAAGGGGUUUCCCAGGGACUGAUGGAAUCAACGGGUAUCCUGGCAGAAAGGGAGAAGGUGGCCUUCCUGGAUUUAUAGGACUUGAUGGCUUUAAAGGCGUGAAGGGUGAACAAGGAGAUGUUGGUUUACCUGGACGUCCAAUUGAAAUAGAUGAAGAUGAUAUUUCAAUUCCAGGGCCUCCUGGAGAUCCAGGACUUCGUGGUUUUGAAGGUAUUCCAGGUGAUGAUGGCGUUAGUGGUCCACCUGGUCCCCCAGGACAACCUGGGUACCCAUCAUAUGAAAGAGGUGCACCUGGAUUGCCUGGAUUUCAAGGUGUGAAGGGAGUUAAAGGAGAACGAGGCAACCAGGGAAGAACCGCAUUUGGAUUACCAGGAAAUGAUGGCAGACCCGGACGCCCUGGUGCCCCAGGAUUGCCUGGACAAAUAUCAGGACGUUUAGUGAAUCCAGAGCCUGGGCCAUCAGGAUCAAAAGGGCAACAAGGACCACCAGGAUUAUUGGGUCCCAAAGGAACUAAAGGGACUGAUGGUGCUUGCGCUUGUGAAGGAGGCAGUCGUAGCAAAGGAUUCCCAGGACCACCUGGAUCCCGAGGACAACCAGGGAAUAAUGGCUUUCCUGGCCUCGAUGGCCCAAAAGGUGAUUCAGGCCGAAGAGGUUCUGAGGGACCAGCAGGUCUGCCUGGUUCCAGUGGACGGCCCGGUUCUCCUGGAGUUAAAGGAGAGAAAGGUGAUUCAUUUUAUCCAAAUGAUAGAGGUCCCCGUGGAGACUCAGGUGAUCCGGGGCCCAGAGGUUCUGCAGGCCGUAAUGGGAGCCCGGGAAGGGAUGGUCUUUCAGGACAACCAGGACGUGCAGGACAACCUGGUGAUGGUGGGUUUGGCCUUCCUGGUGAGAAAGGUUUUCCAGGGCAGCCUGGCCAAAAGGGACGUCGUGGGGAUAGUGGGCCUCCAGGUGUUGGAUUUCAAGGUUCCCCAGGGCCCCGUGGACUUCCUGGUGACCCAGGUCAAGCAGGACUUCCAGGACAAUCAGGUCUUCCAGGAGAGCCAGGUGACUGCUGCUGCGGGGCCAAAGUUGGUAAUGGAGACUUAGUCACAGAGGGAGGGAUGACUUUGCCUUGUGUAAUUGCUGGAGAUACAGGACCUCCAGGUGUCCGCGGACCAGCUGGAACUCCGGGUCGUAAAGGUGAUAGAGGGUUCCCAGGAAUCAAUGGACAACGAGGGUUUGAUGGUACCAAGGGGCAACCAGGUAGCCCAGGUUUUGGUGGAAUACCAGGACCACCAGGAUUUUCUGGUCCUCGUGGCGAGGAAGGUCCUCCAGGAUAUCCUGGCUUGGAUGGACCUGAUGGAUUUCCUGGAAAAAUGGGAAUUCCUGGGUCACCUGGUUUGAAAGGAAUUCGUGGUGAAGUGUUGGGAGCUGCUCCAGGAGCUCCAGGUGAACCUGGACGUCGUGGAAUCGUAGGAGACAAGGGGAUCCCUGGAGAUUCUGGUUUCCCAGGGCAAAAAGGUUUUGAUGGAAGACCAGGGCUGAUGGGAGCUAAAGGUGAACAGGGUAAUUCAGGAUAUCCUGGCAACCCUGGUCCUAGGGGACGUCCUGGAUUUGGAGGGGAACAGGGCAUUAAAGGAAAGCAGGGUCCUAUUGGAGACAUUGGAUAUCCUGGAUCACAAGGUUUUCCAGGGAUGAAAGGUAUAUCUGGAGACAGAGGCGCCCCAAGUCUUCCUGGGCCGAAAGGACGUCCAGGGUUUCCAGGAGAUGCAGGUCGCCCUGGAGAAAUUGGACUUCCCGGACCUCAAGGGCCUGGAGGGCGUGAUGGACGACCAGGUUUCUCAGGAACUAAAGGUGAAAAGGGCUCUCCUGGUGUGAUUGGUUUUACUGGCAUGCCUGGUCGACCGGGAAAUCCAGGUGCCAAUGGAUUUAAAGGGUUGGACGGCAUACCUGGGAGAGAUGGCAAUCUUGGAAGGCCUGGAAAUAGGGGACAGAAAGGUGUUACAGGAGAUCCUGGUCUGCAAGGUCCUCCAUCCAAAAGAGAGGAAUCUGAAAGGCUUGUGUUAAAAGGCGCACUAGGAGAUAAAGGUUAUAGUGGGCAGCCAGGUUUUUCUGGACCACGAGGUGAUAAAGGUAUGCCUGGUCCCCCAGGAGCACUUGGAUUACCUGGUACACCUGGUAGCCCAAGCAGACAAAAGGGUCCGCCUGGGGACCCUGGGCUUUCCGGACCUCCUGGAAGACCUGGUUUCUCUGGACCAAAAGGAGAACCUGGAAUAAUUGGAUUUCCUGGAAUGCCUGGACCAACUGGUGAUGACGGACCUCCUGGAUCCCCAGGUUUUCCUGGCAGUCCUGGUCAACCAGGUUUUAAAGGUGAACAAGGUGAGUCUCUAGGAGAGAAUGGACGUCGGGGAAGUAAAGGAGAGCCAGGAUCAGCUGGAAGUCAAGGUGCAAGAGGAUUUGAUGGCCCUCCAGGAGAUAGUGGAUCACCUGGAAUCUCAGGCAAUUCUGGACAAAAGGGUUCUUUUGGAGAACUAGGUCGACCAGGAUCACCAGGAAAUCCAGGACUUAAGGGAUUUAGAGGAAAUCCUGGAUUUGUAGGCAACCCAGGAUCACCAGGAUCUCCAGGAUUCCCUGGAACUUCGGGAUCCCCAGGUGUAAAAGGAUAUCCUGGACCUCCUGGUUUGGAUGGAUUAAAUGGAUUACCUGGUACCAGAGGAUUACCUGGAAAUCCUGGGCUCAGUGAAAAUGGACGACCAGGAUCAUCAGGACUACCUGGUCCAAAAGGUGAACCAGGUUCUCCAAGCACAUCUCCAGGUCAGCCAGGAUUUCCAGGCUUCAAAGGAUUACGUGGUGAACCAGGUGGACCUGGUGCUCCUGGUUCUCCUGGUCUAUCUGGACCACCAGGACCCACAUUUCCCUCCAAUAUCCCGGGUAGACCUGGCGAUCCUGGACCCGCUGGACGAGAUGGGGAAAUGGGAAUGCCUGGUACUCCUGGUCCUCGAGGUCCUCCAGGUCCUGCAUCUAAUCAAGGAGAUUCGGGAAACCCAGGAUUCCCUGGCACACCCGGAAGACCUGGUCCCAAAGGAGAUUCUGGAAUACCUGGUAAUCCAGGGAGCCCUGGAGCACCAGGACUAAAAGGUCUCAGAGGUGAUCCGGGCUUUAUUGGAAGCCCAGGAAAGGAAGGUCUUGUAGGAGAUUCUGGCUUUUUAGGACCAAAGGGUGAAAAGGGUAACCAAGGUCCCCCAGGCAGCGUUGGACGUCCAGGUCCAGCUCCAUUUGAUGAUGAUAUAAGUCAAGUACCUAUCGGUUUACCAGGUCUGCCUGGUAUUAAUGGAUUUUCUGGUGGGCCUGGAGAACAAGGGAAAGCGGGAUCAAGUGGCCCAACAGGUGACAAAGGUUUUUCGGGCAGACCAGGGCAAAUGGGAAGAAAUGGACAAUCUGGUGCUCCGGGUUUAAUAGGUGACCCUGGACCUGAUGGUAUCCCAGGUGUUCCAGGUCUUGAAGGCUCACCUGGAAAGCAAGGAGUCGCGGGUUUACCUGGUAUGACAGGCCGAAGUGUAAGCGUUGGCUACACUCUUGUGAAACACAGCCAAGCUGAACAAGUUCCACCGUGUCCACUAGGAAUGGCCAGACUGUGGGAUGGAUACAGCUUGUUGUAUGUGGAGGGGCAGGAGAAGGCUCACAACCAAGACUUGGGUCUCGCUGGUUCCUGCUUACCUCGAUUUAGCACCAUGCCUUUUAUUUAUUGCAACAUCAACGAGGUGUGCUACUAUGCCAGCAGAAAUGACAAGUCCUACUGGCUCUCUACUUCUGCUCCUAUCCCAAUGAUGCCAGUGGGUAGCACACAGAUUAGAAGCUACAUCAGUCGCUGUUCUGUGUGUGAGGCUCCUUCUCAGGCUGUCGCAGUUCACAGUCAGGAUAACACUAUCCCACAGUGCCCUGAAGGAUGGAGAAGUCUUUGGAUUGGAUACUCUUUUCUUAUGCACACUGCGGCAGGUGCCGAGGGUGGUGGUCAAUCUUUGGUGUCACCUGGUUCAUGUCUUGAAGAUUUUCGGGCCACACCAUUUAUUGAAUGUAAUGGAGCAAGAGGAACCUGCCACUACUUUGCCAACAAGUACAGUUUUUGGCUAACCACAGUAGAGGAAUCACAACAAUUUGGUGGAGCUCCCCCAUCUGAAACUCUGAAAUCUGGGCAGCUCCGAACGCGUGUGAGUCGCUGUCAAGUCUGCAUGAAGAAUUUGUAGCACGUUGGACUAAUUAGAAGUUCUUUCACAAAUUCCCAGCUCAGUAAAGUUAUGGAAAUGGCACCCAGAACUGCCAUUGCAAUCAUCACAAGUAUGCUUCUGAGUUUAGGGAUGACUAGUCAACAACUAAUAAAGAAAACCAACUACUGUAACCUCAUCAAUCAGAAGUAUAAAUGAUGAGUGGUGUAGCACCGUACAAUGAAGUAUGGACCUGCUAAUUUUUGAAAAUGAUUAUAUUUGCAAAAAUGGUGCUAAGCUUUUUUUUGUGCAUUACUCUUGGCUACCUCAUGAAGGCCUUGUAGGAAUUUAGGUCCAUGGUGCUAGACUGCUGCCUACAAAUGAAAUCUCACCAUUCUAGCAUCAUUUUAAAAUGAAAGAACGCAGUUCAAGUUAAACUUUAGGAACUUGAACAUUGAACCAAAAGAACUUCACUUGGACACGUAAUAAAUGGACAACAGCUUCAGAAGAAGUAGAAAGGUCUUUGGAGAAAGUAUUGGCUAUAAGAAGCAUUUAACAUCAUAAAACUUAACAGAACACACGUUGUUUCUUGACCUAAAACUAUAGAAAUGCUAAUCACUAUUGUUCCUGUAAUACAAGGCUAAUUUUAUUUAACAUAUGCAAGUGCUAACAAUAUCUUAGAAAUAUGCAGAAACCACACAUAAUACAAAGCAACAGAUCCUGUCACAUCCUGAGGAAUGAUAUAGGCAUUAUUUGUGAAUUAUAAUUUACUUUCUUUAAAGGUAGCCGGAAGGAUACCAUGUUUGUGACCAUUCAGCAGCUGAAGGGGAUUGAAUUAGUUUUUUUUUCUGUAAUAAUAUUUGACGUGUUCACUCACCCACACUUAUUUGUUAUCAUUUUAUUAUAUAUAUAUAUAUUGAGUAUUUGAUUUAUUUUUUACUUUUUCAACCACUAGAGUCUGGUCUUUCAGAGGUAGCCUUGGUAAAAUUAUUUUAUAAAUAUACAUAUGUUCAAUGUUUUCACAAAGCCCUAUUUACAAACUAGAAAAAAAGAAAUCAUCGAUGUAAAUUGUAGUCCAUCAUACUUGUCUGCUAGCUUGUCAUUUACUUUAUAUACUUUUUACUCCACACUUGUUUCUGUAGCCCAGCAGAAGAUAGUUCAUGGGUUGUAGUUAGAGAUUCAGAACUACAGAGGUGAACCUGUAUUAUUUUUAUCCAUGCAAUACAAAGCCAUCAUAAAUCACACCAAAGCAAGAGGUCAACAAUGCAAUGUAAGGGUAAAAUUGUACAGAGAGAGAUCUGGGAGUGGCUACGACCACUGUGUAAAUUUAAAAUAAAGUUUAUCUCUGAUUAACACCA